AUGUCAAAUAAAACAAUAAAAGAUACACUAGAAGCAUUAUCCCAUAUGGCCAGCAUUCUUUACAGAGGUCUAGGAUAUCAACAAUUAACACAGAAAAAAGAUGGUAAUUCAAUUAUAACGGAAUUCAGUGGUGAUAGAAGAGUCAUAGUACUUUGGGUUAUGAAUGAUGAUUAUGCUAUUAUAUACAACAAAGAUGCACAAGUUCACACUGUGGAAGUUCAACAAGAUUGGUUUUUGAAAGGGGUCAAAUUUCCAAUAUCACCUGAAGAAUUAGACGAAAUAGCACUUGAUGAAAAGAAACAAUUUGGUAAAACAUUUAUUGGUUAUGCCUUCAGUAUCAUUGGUGAAAUUCCAGAAAACCUCAAAAGCAAUGCAUCUGGCUCAGAGGAGUUGAAGUUGGUCAAUACAAAAUUAAUUCAAGGUCAACAAACAUUUGAAAAAACUGGUAAAUUACCAACAUUCACUGAUAAAGAGGUCAAUUUAUUAUUAUAUAAAAUUGUUAAACCAAAAUUGGCCGGUGAAUUAUUAUUCCCUCCUGAAUUAAAAGAUGACUCUGCUGAAGAAAAGAAAAGACAGCAAAAGGCUAAGAAAAGAGCUGAACAAAGAGAGAAGAAACAAAGAGAAAAGCAAUUACAAGAAGAACAAGAAAGAAAGCAAGAAGAAGAAAGAAAAUUGGAUAAAUAUCCAAUUUAUACACCACGUCCAUUGAGUGGAUUUGAAUGA